AUGGCGCACACGACUCGUCUACUACCCGCGGUCAUCCCACUGCUGCUGUUCGCAUUGGCCUGUUUCUCAUUGGAAGCCAUGGCGAGCGUGUUAAAUCCGCUUGGUACGCUGGAAAAGCGGAUAUUGGGCUCCACCAACUCGUCCAUCAACGGGGAGGGAAGUCUUUACGGCAAAAAGUACAAGUUCUUCUACAUCGUACCAAGCCUGGAACUGUUAAAGUACACUCCAGCCACUGGACACAACAAUACUCGUCUGAAACCAACCGGUGCCGUACCGAUCACUCACCGCAACACAUCUCAGGGCGAUGUACUACUGCUAGCACCCUCCUUUGUAGCACUCGGUGACGGAACAUCUGCAAGGCGGCUCACCGACCCCGACCAGCGUAGACUUUCCGUGGAGCUACACAAGCUACGCCAUUUUGCGACGAUUGCAGGUGUGCAACCGAACGCUGCUAGCGCACAGCGACCGAAAACUCGCCCCGUCGAUCUCGGUACGUUCGCUACCCAGCACCACAUGCAAGAGGAGCAACGUACGCCAUACACGUACCGUCCAUUAUCACCGGACACAUACCAAAGCUACAAGCCCAACCGAUACUACAUCUACACGGACCCUGUGCGACUGCGUGGAGACACCGGUGAGCGUCACGCACACCGACUCGAUCCAGUGUCAGUAGGCGAUAGUGACAAAAGUCAACAAUCGAAUGAAGAUUCCUCCGAUGAGGUUGGCCGUCCGGUUGACUCGCUCGUCUAUCAUCGACAGGCGCGAUCAUUCAAUGGAUCGGACGAAGUUCCGGAACGGGAGAAGAACGAUCGCUUCAAGCGCCGUAGUGCGGUCGAUGAUAUGUUGAGCAAGAACAUUACCAUAAUAUUGGAGAAUCUUCUAAAGCGAUACGAAAACUCACAAAUUCCAACGCACGGACAGGGUGUACCAACUUUGGUGGAGACAAACAUUCUCAUACGAAGCAUGGGACCUGUUUCAGAGCUCGAUAUGGACUACUCGAUGGACUGUUACUUCAGGCAGUACUGGCGAGACAAACGGCUUAGCUUCCGCGGUCCAAUUAAAAGCCUCUCGCUCAGUAUUAAAAUGCUGGAACGCAUCUGGCGCCCAGACACAUAUUUCUACAACGGCAAGCAUUCGCACGUCCACACGAUCACGGUGCCGAACAAGCUGUUGCGGCUCAGCCAGGAUGGUGAGAUACUCUACUCGAUGCGGCUCACAAUUAAAGCCUCCUGUCUGAUGGAGCUACGCAGCUUCCCGAUGGAUCGCCAGUCUUGCCCGCUAGUGUUGGGGAGUUAUGCCUACUCCCGGCAGCAGCUGGUGUACCAGUGGAAGGAUGAGGACUCGGUCAACUUCGUACCGGGUAUGACGCUCAGCCAGUUUGAUCUGAUGAGCUUCGGACAGAAGAACUAUACGUUCAUUAGGCGCGAAGGUGAAUUCUCCGUCCUGCACGUGUCGUUCAAUUUGCAGCGCCACACGGGCUACUUCCUCAUACAGGUGUACGUGCCGUGCAUUCUGAUCGUUGUGCUGUCCUGGGUGUCCUUCUGGAUUCAUCGCGAAGCGACGAGCGAUCGUGUCGGACUGGGAAUAACGACAGUGCUGACGCUCUCCACCAUCAGUCUUGACUCGCGGACCGAUUUGCCGAAGGUACGGUACGCAACCGCGCUCGAUUGGUUUCUCCUCAUGAGCUUCUUCUACUGCAUAGCGACACUGCUCGAGUUUGCCGGUGUGCACUACUUCACCAAGGUCGGUAGUGGGGAGAUACCGCUGGAUGAGGAAGAAUGGGAAGACAUGGAGGGUGUGGAAGAGAUACGCGACUUACCAUCGCUGCAGCAACAUCUCAGUACGGCCGUCGCAAUCGAAUCGCCCCGACUGAUUGCGGCCCGCCGUCGUAGUUCGCUGAUCUGUCCAAUCUACAACGAUCCAACGCACAUGUUCAAGCCGACCUCCUCACAUCUCUCGACGAUGGAACGCACCACGCAAACGGAACCACCGAAGGAACCGACAUGGAAGCAGGUUUGGUUAUGCUUCCUGGGUGAUGAUCAGUUCCGGCGCCGUCGUCAGCGGGAAGCAUCCGCCCGAGGUGGAGGUAACCGGCACGUCAACAGCGUAUCGCUCAUCGAUCAAGCAGCUCGUAUCCUCUUCCCUAUGUCGUUCACCUUCUUUAACAUUCUCUACUGGCUAGUGUACUACACCUACCAAGCUGAUUUUACCUGGACUCCGUUGAAGGAGGUUUAA